CCUAGCCCGGCCCCCGCCCUCCACAUGCUGCAGGCGAGGCCUCUGGCACCAGUGGGCCUGGAGGCUUGGCUGUUUCCGCCUUCACCAGCCUGGGCCUUACCCUGAUGGGAACCUGGUCCCCAUAUCCAGGGACUGAGAGGCAGUCCGCAUUCAAGUGAAGGUAAAAUAGCUCCGCUCCUAGGAGAGAUCUCGCAGGAGUAAGGCUGGUGUUGUUGGGGGUGUCUGGGCUCCCCCCGGAGCUCUGACCCUCUCCAGGCUGCAUUAACGUCCUCCACUCUUUCAUCCGGAACGUUCCAGGCAGACUGAAGUGGAAAAGGGUGAUUGAGCGAGCACCUGUGCACCCCUUGCCCGGCUUAGCAGACAGAAAUUGAAACCUGACCAAGUACACGCUGAUAGAUGAGCAAGACAUCCCACUGGUGGAGAGCUACUCCUUCGAGGCCCGCAUGGAAGUAGAUGCAGAUGGAAAUGGUGCUAAGAUAUUUGCGUACGCCUUUGACAAGAACCGAGGAAGGGGAUCGGGCAGGCUCCUUCACGAGCUGCUGUGGGAGCGGCACCGCGGCGGUGUGGCCCCCGGGUUCCAGGUGGUGCAUCUCAACGCUGUGACCGUGGACAACCGCCUGGACAACCUGCAGCUGGUGCCGUGGGGCUGGCGGCCCAGAGCCGAAGAGACCUCCAGCAAACAAAGGGAGCAAAGCUUAUACUGGCUCGCAAUUCAGCAGCUUCCCACGGACCCCAUAGAGGAGCAGUUCCCCGUCCUGAAUGUGACCCGGUACUAUAAUGCCAAUGGGGACGUGGUGGAGGAGGAGGAGAAUUCCUGCACCUACUAUGAGUGCCACUACCCCCCCUGCACGGUGAUUGAGAAACAGCUCCGGGAGUUCAACAUCUGUGGGCGCUGCCAGGUGGCCCGGUACUGUGGCUCCCAGUGCCAGCAGAAGGACUGGCCCGCCCACAAGAAGCACUGUCGGGAGAGGAAGCGUCCCUUCCAGCAGGAGCUCGAGCCGGAGCGGUGACGGGCGGCAGAGGUGCUGCUUGGUGUGCUCGCGACUUCAGGCUCUUCCUCGGGCACAGCGGAGAGACUGGUGAUUGGACCUGAAGGUGCCCAAGAAGCCAGCGGCCAGCCCAGAACAGCCACCAUGAGACUCCCGAUGUCACAGUCAGUGGGGACGGCGCCCCCCAGUGUUGGUCUCCAGCAGAGACACGGAGAGGCUCCCUGGGGUGUCUCAUUAUUUAUAUGUUAAUAUGUUUGUAAACUCAUGUACAGUUUUUUUUGGGGGGCGGGGCAGUGGGAAGGUUAGAAAUGACAAAUAGAAUCAUUUGCUGUGAUCCUCAGAGGGCAAAGGCUCAGACCACAUGUCUGAAAAUCGUCCUGGCCGAAGCCUGUCCCCCGGGCAGCCGGAGGGCAAAGUGAAGGGGUGGGGUCAUCCAGCAUCUCGGACACGCUCUGCUCCGCCCCUCGCCCUGUGGAGGAUGCUCUGGGUGCUGUGGGGAUGU